UUAUCUUAGCCACCGGCAACCGGGAGAUUCCGGAGGGUCUUCUUCGAUCAAAGGAGCGGGAGCUCCGAAGGGCGGCUGCUGUCCCAAUCGUCGGUCGUCUAUGCAAAAUAAGGAAAAAAAAAAAAAAAAUGAAAAACUGUUGAAUAACGUUUCCAGCACGAAGAGAGGGGUGGAGCGGGAGGCCUGUUUUUCUGCCAUUUCGUCAAGCAGUGACGAGUGACGACCAUGGCUUAGGUUUUCUACGCUCUCUCCCAAGUCCCUGCGUCUCUGCCAUGACCAUGAAGCGUUUUCUUGUUCUUCUGUGCUGCUUUGCUCAGCUUCACCUCUCCAUCUCCGGUGCUGCAGGAGCAAUCAAUUCAUUUAAAUCAGUUCCUGAUCUUGAGAAGUCAAUGUAUAUGGUUGUUGAUGGAUAUCCUUGCGUACGGCUACUCAAUAUUUCCGGGGAGAUUGGAUGUUCUAGUCCGGGACGUGCUCCAGUUGUGGCUCCAAUUAUAAGAUUUAGGAAUGCUAUAUCGCUGUCUCAGUCUUCUGCACUUUUAUUGUCAAUAGAUGAAAUGCCGAGCUUCUUUAGUAGAAUAUCAAGUGAUUCAAAUUUUUCUAAGAAUGUAGGUGGCGUUUUAGUUGAAUCCAGAGCUGAAAGUGUAGGUAAAUUAAAAGGAUUCUCUCCUGAUGAAAAGUUUCCUCAAGCCAAGUUUGCUCCUUACCGUAGCAUCGAUUAUGAGUGGAAUCCAACUGGUUCUGGUAUAAUGUGGAAUACUUACAAUUUUCCUAUAUUCUUACUCUCUGAAGAGAGCACAGUGCCCCUGCAGGAGGCUGCCAUAAAGAAUGAGAAGAAAAAGAAAACCUUUACUACAAAUGUGGCUGAGUUUCAUCUAGUGAUGGAGACAACAAAAUCUGGAACUCACGAUUCAGAAUCUUGUUUGAAAGAAGAAACUUGCCUUCCACUAGGCGGAUAUAGUGUUUGGUCAUCACUUCCACCAAUUAAUAUUUCAUCCUCGGAGCAGCGCAAGCCUAUCAUAUUAACAGUGGCAUCUAUGGAUUCUGCUUCAUUUUUUCGUGACAAAAGUCUUGGCGCAGAGUCUCCUAUAUCUGGACUUAUAUCACUGCUGGCAGCUGUUGAUGCACUUUCUCAUGUCAAUGGUUUGAAUGGUCUUGGAAAACAGCUUGUUUUUAUGGUUUUCACUGGAGAAUCAUGGGGUUAUCUUGGCAGCCGGCGAUUUUUACUUGAACUGGAUCUACAUUCUGAUGCUGUUAAUGGUCUUAAUAGUACUUUGAUUGAGUCGGUCAUGGAAAUUGGAUCUGUCGGGAAGGCUUCAAGUCAAGGGCUUAAAAAUUUUUUCGCUCAUGCAGCAGGGACUUCAUCAGCUACAAAUGAGACAUUAAAAGCCUUGCAACGUGCUCAAGAAUCACUAAAGUCUGAGAGCGUUAAUAUCUCUAUGGCUAAUACUUCAAAUCCUGGGCUGCCGCCAUCAUCAUUGAUGGCAUUUAUGAGAAAGAAUUCUCUGACUUCUGGAGUUGUUUUAGAGGAUUUUGAUAGUGUUUUCUCCAACAAGUUCUACCAUAGUCACCUUGAUGAUAUAUCAAAUACAAACUCUUCCGCUAUAGUGGCAGCUGCUACUCUUGUUGCUCGCACCCUUUACAUUCUUGCCAGUGCUGACAAAGAUUUAAGUAUUUCAUCCAUCAGUAAUAUCAGUGCAAACAUCUCUCUGGUUGAGGAGCUUAUGGGUUGCCUGUUGAACUGUAAUCCUGGUCUGUCAUGCGAACUGGUGAAGAACUAUAUUGCAUCAACCAGUACCUGCCCAAACAAUUAUGUUGGUGUUGUUCUGGGAGAACCUUCAUCCACACCUUUUGCUGGGGUGAUCAGUGAUGUUUCCAGGUUUGUGUGGAAUUUUUUGGCUGAUCGGACAUCUUUUCCAAGUGAGCAUACUAGCUCCUAUUGUCCCCAAGAUUGCAGUAAAAUAGGUGGUGUGUGCAUCAGAGCAGAAACAGAUGGAAAGGGAGAUUGUGUCAUCUCCACAACCAGGUAUGUUCCAGCAUAUUCAACCCGUCUAAAGUUUGAGUCCAAGACAUGGGUUGUGUUACCCCCCAACUCAUCCGACAUUACGGAAAUGAUGGAUCCAGUAUGGACUGAGAGCAACUGGGAGCAGAUUAGCCUGCGGGCCUAUGCAGUCCAAGAUUUAGCAUACGACCGUCUCAUUAUGCUGGGGGGGUUUGCUGUCACUGCCUCAGCUUAUAUAGCAAUUGUAAUUACAAGAGCAUUCAUCUCUAAGACCAUGAAGGAGGACUGAGAUGAUCCUGGGUUAUUAAAGGAUCCCCCAUACAAGGAGUUAAAAAAAAAUGGAUAACAAAAAUUGAUUAGAUUGCUUGCAAUUGUCAAAACUAGCUGUAAAAUCCGCACUGGGAUGAAGUGUUAAUUGAGCUGCAUCCUUGUGCUUUCCCCCAUAUUUGAGGAGCCACUGACGUUUCCAAGUUAGUGUUAUUAUUUCCAACUAAA